AUGUCUUACAAUCAUGUCAGAUCUCCAGAACCCAACAACAAGUCAAAACCUUCAGGUUCAGGUUCAGGUGCAUUCAAGCUCUACCAAUUUUGUGUCCCUAUCUUGUUCACUUUUAUCCUCCUCUUUGUCUUCUACUUGUUCUAUUUUCGUCCCCGCCGUCUCAAUUGGUCCUCUCUUCGAACGAGGAACGACAGCAAUGGCAUUGCCGUAGUUGAAUCGGGCUUGAAAAAAGAACACAGGGAGAUGCUACCCAUUGUUGUGUAUAACGAAAGCUUCUUUGUCAGGGAUACACAAUGUGCAGUCUGCCUGGGGGACUAUCAAGCAGAUGAUAGGCUUCAACAAAUACCAGCAUGUGGUCACACAUUUCACAUUGAUUGCAUUGAUAGCUGGCUAUCCAUGCACACUACCUGUCCACUCUGCCGCUUAUCCCUCCUUUCCUCUCAUAAAUCUCAAAAUGAAUCACCUGAUGUACCUCUAGAAUUGAGUCAUGCGUCUUCUGUUGCAGAGAAUGAUGUACCAUCUUUUUCACCAACACUUCAAGCUUGCGAAGAAACAGAAGCUUCACAGUUCUCUGGGUUAAGAAAUGGGGAACCAACAACUUUCCAGAACUGUUCUGAAGAAGAUGCAAGAGGUUGUCAAUGUGCAGAUCCAGCGAGAGAAUUAAGGGAUGCGAGAAUUGGAAAUGAAGUGCAUGAGCAUACUGGUUGAUCUACUGCCUAACAGGUCAAUUAAACAAGGCAACAGAGCUAAAAAAAC